AUGUUCAAACGCUCCUUCAUCUCCAAGGACCGGGCGGGAAAGACCGUCAGGGUUGCCAAGAAGAAGUACGACGAGCUAGCCAAGCUCAAAAUGAAGCAGAAAGUGGAGAGUCCUUCCAGCGCAAGUCCUCUGACUAGCCCCAUUAUCUCCAUGAUUGUGGGUCGCGACCAGAGUGUUUUCGCCGCUCAUGAGGACAUCCUUGCUGUAUCGCCGUAUUUCUCUGCCGCGAUCAAGGAGCAAUGCGAAGAGAAUGGCGGGAAGCAGCUGACGCUGCCAGAAGAAGAGCCCGAGAUUUUGUCAUGCGUUCUCGAAUUUCUAUACAAGGGUGAGUACUUCCCUCGGUUGCUGCAUGCAAAGCACCGAAACUCUUGUUCCCUCGAGAAUGCGGAGGACAUCAAUGAGACCGGUGGCCGCGGGUCGAGUGAAGCCACAUUCUUUCACCCCGAAGUCGGAGAUCUUGUUCUUCGCGACACAGUGAUUUACUGUGCUGCCGAGAAAUACGGCUUGGAGGACCUCAAGCGACUUGCAUUUCGAAAGCAGGGGCUGCAAAGUGGCAUCCCAGCCGAUGUGAUCCUUCGAUCCGCACGUUACGCAUAUGAUCACACGCCCGAGACCGAUUCUCGAUUGCGAGCUCAUUAUCUCGCUUUGAUCAUCCGAAGUCGAAAGAUUUUCAAACAAAGCGGAACACUGCAGAUGGAGAUGGAGGAAGGCGGCAAGUUGUUCUUUGACCUGUUCGUGGCAAUGUGCAACCAUAUGGAUGAUAUCUCGGAACGGUGUGUUUUGCGCCUCCCCUUUUCCCAUUCUUCCUAUGAUGCCCACCAUCUUCAAUUUCGGCACUCAAACUCAUGA